UCCCAUGUUUGAGUGAAAAGCUCUGCAGGAACAUGUCGAUGCGUAUGCGCCCUAAUAUAAAGCCGUGCAAACUGUUCUCCUCACAGGCCGGAUGAUCGUUAGCGCUACACGGCGUCGCAGUAGGAAGGGAUCCGAAUGGACUGCAUAGACUUUGACAGCCUUAGAGCGGUUGACUUAUCUACACAUACGACUAUUCUACCUAAGCGCUAGCUAGCUAGCCUGCACGCUAUCAACAUUGUCAGUUUCUCAGACGCGCCAUGUUAGACCACUACAAGCAAGUGAAGAACAAGCUGGUAGUUCCUUUCUUCAUAUUGUAUUAUCAUUAAUAUGUCUGAGUUGUUAGAAACUGCUCGCGUGACCCUCUUCGGGUCUCGGAACGCCGGCAAGAACUCCUUUGAACCCGCCUGCGAUAUCCCGAGUUUGGCAUGCAAAGUCGUACUCAUCACAGGCGCCGCAGGAGAUCUGGGCCGGCAGACCGCCGUGGAGCUUGCGCGACAUGGCCGUCCUGCGCGCAUCUACGUUGCCGACCUGCCGCGGGAUGCCGAUGCCAAACGGGGCGUUAUCGAGCGCAUUCAGCACGAAGCACGAAGCGAUGACGGUUCCAAUGAUGGCAAAUAUGAAGCCACUGACGUGCGUUUUCUAGAUUUGGAUCUUACAGUUUUCGAAAGUGUGCAGAAAUGUGCGGCAGAGUUCCUUGCUCAGGAGGAACGCCUUGACAUCGUUGUGCUGAAUGCGGGCAUCAUCAGCAACAGGGUAGGAACGACAAAAGAGGGAUACGAGAAACAUUUCGGCCUCAAUUAUCUCGGUCAUGCGCUCUUGUUAAGACUCCUGCUACCGUUGAUUCUGUCUACGGUUCAACAGCAAGUUGACGGCGAUGCUCGUGUUGUCGUAGUUUCAAGUGAAGGACAUGCAGUUGCGCCUGCUGGGGGAAUUCAAUUCGCCAAGUUGAAGACCGAUUGCGCAGAUAUGUCAUACGCACAGCGGUACGGUCAAAGUAAACUGGCCCUUAUCGGACUCGCUCGCGAGCUCGCGCAGCGCUAUCCAUCUUUAACGACAGCUUCGGUCCAUCCAGGAAGAAUCUUGACGGGGAUGGCUACCGCCUUGAGUAAAGAGAGCUUGCUGGUACGCCUGACAGCACCCCUCGCACCGCUCGUCUGUGUGUCGGUGGUCAUAGGAAUCAAAAACCAUCUUUGGGCUGCUACGAGCCCCGAUGUCGUAAGCGGGAAGUACUACGAGCCCGUUGGCGUUCCGGAUAAAGAGAGCAAUGAUGCGAAGAAUCCCGACUUGUCGAGAAGGCUUUGGGAAUGGACAGAUCAAGAACUGCAAUUAGCUGGCCUGCUUUGAGAGCAAGACAUCCAUGUUUGGCUCCCCCCAAGAGUGAUAUUAUAACCUGUAUCAAUUACUUGCCGAGAGCCAAUGA